AGGAAAGCGUGAGGGUCGUGCCUCGCAAGGAUCAAUGGGCAUCUUGCGCGACAUGUUUGUGAGAUGGUAUUCGAUCGUAAGGGUGCUCGAGCGUACAUCUGCGAUGGGACGCUGGACCAUCUAGCAAAGAACGAGGGAGGGUGGCAAAGCGCUAGAGCAAGCCAUGUCUCUUUUGACAAGAUGCGCGCUCUUGUUUUCUCUUUCCCCAUCUUGCAUAGCGGGGGGGUUACAUUGAGGCAUCAUUUACCAUCGAGAAGAAAGAUCGUCACUUGGGACCGCCUAGACUCGUAGGCUUGUACAGCAGCUCUGCUUUGCUCUGCUCCUCAGCUGGGUACCUCCCCUCUAGAUGCGGCCGCCUUCACAGGUUCUGCGCAUGGUGC